GUUUGGCAAGAAAAUGAAAUAUAUAUUUGAUUUAAUGAAGGAUAGCUAUGGCUUUAAUUAAUUAAGAUAUCGGUGUGAACAUCUAUGAUAAUUUUAUUUUGUGAUACAAUUUAGAUUGCUAUGGCAAGCACAGCUCGGAGUCGGAAGGGGAAACAGGAUGUUAUUGGGCCUGGUGAGUUUGCCUGUGGUCCAUGUAGUGCUGACAGCAAGACCCAACUUGCCAUCGGAUAUUGCCAAUUUUGCAGACACUACCUUUGUAAAAACUGCUUUGCAUAUCACCAAAACCUUGGACGAGCUCAUGUCUUACUGGACAAAGACACUAUGCCCAGAGAAGUGUCUACCCCAGCGGUCAGUAUGGAUCCAUUGUUAGAAACCUGCCGAGAACAUAAGCACAAGAUUCUGGAGCUGUAUUGUAAGGGCCACGAUGAAGUGUGUUGCGUUAUCUGUGCCACAGCGAAACACAAGAACUGUGACUACGUCUACAUACCGGACUUCACAGAAACUCUGUCAACUCCGCCAAAUGAGGAUUGUUCCAUGGUUCUAAAAUUAAUUCAAGCUCUGAUUGGUCAAUUGGAACAUGUUAAAGGGGAGUCAAAUAAAAGACUCAAAGACAUGGAAAGACAACGGAGAGACUUCGCUAUGGCUGUGAGACGUUAUCGGAAGGAAAUUGAUGUGGUCUUGGAACAACUUGAAAAGCAAGUCCUUAGUGGUAUGAAACAGGUUAUUGAAAUAAAUACCAAUGAUCUUAAUGAACAGAUCAACAAAUGUGACUCCUCGCUCGAGGCUUUACGUAACACUUAUAAGAAGACAGAAUCUGCCAUGGAGUCGGAGAGUGUGAAUAGAGUAUUCACCAUUGCCAAAACAAGCAAGCGUCAAGUACAGGAAAAUAACAACGUUCUGAAGGAGGUAAAGGAUUCCAGCUACAACGUUGAUGUUAAAUUUGAUGAAAAUUUUGAGAUCCUCAAAAACAUGCGGAAAAUGAAGAUGUUUGGGAAAGUGUCUGUGAAGAAAGACCCAGUUAGGUUUGGCACUGGUUUACAUGAGGAUAAUGAAAAUGGUGUGAAACCAGGCAAAACACAUGGACCAGUCAAGAAGAACAUUGAUGGGGCUGUUAACAAAACGCACGAGCAAAAAACAGAAAUGAAUGAUGAAAACAGACAACAAUAGAGAAGCAAUUUAAGCUCAGUGCAUUCUUUCUCAAAUAGUGUGUACAUGAAGUGCUAGAACUAUGGUAACAGAUAUACUGCCACUUUUUAUUUCUGUCAUAUUAAUUUCGUGUAAUUACAGUUUAUACAUUUUGUUCACUAUAACUUAU